AAUUUCUGGUAAGUUCUAUGGAAUUGAUUACUUUAAACGAACUGCGAGACCAGACCAGUCAGUUUCUAGUUUCUAGAAUCGUCUGCCUUAAUUUAACGUGUUUUUAAACGUAUUGCGUAAAGGACUAUUUUAUUACAAAGAUAUUAUUUAAAGAUAUUGAAAAUGGCUAUAGACAUAUCUCCGAACAAGGAUGGAGGUGUACAGAAAGAAAUAAUUAAGGAAGGUAUAGGAGAUGAAACUCCAUCACCUGGAAGCAACGUAAUAGUACAUUAUACUGGUACCUUAAUGGAUGGAACAAAGUUUGAUUCAAGCAAGGAUCGUAAUGAACCAUUUCAAUUUGAACUUAAGAAAGGAAGUGUAAUUAAAGCAUGGGAUAUAGGGGUAGCUACUAUGAAAAAAGGUGAAGUUGCACUCUUGACCUGUGCUCCUGAAUAUGCAUAUGGGAAAAAUGGCAGUCCACCUAAAAUUCCUUCAAAUGCGACACUUAAAUUUGAAAUUGAAAUGAUUGAUUGGAAAGGAGAAGAUUUGAGUCCUGAAAAAAAUGGCAGUAUUGAAAGGUAUCAGAUUGUGCAAGGAAAAGAUUAUAUUACUCCACAAGAAGGAGCUUUAGUAAAUGUACAUUUAACUGGAAUGUAUAAUGGGAAAGUAUUUGAAGAUAGAGAUGUACAAUUCUCCCUCGGAGAAGGAGAAGAUUGUGGUGUUAUAGAGGGUGUAGAAAAGGCUUUGGAGAGCUUUAAAAGUGGAGAAAAAUCAAAACUAAAAAUUAAAAGCAAAUAUGCAUAUAAAAACGUUGGGAAGCCUGAAUUUGACAUUCCACCAAAUGCAACUGUAGAAUAUACAGUAGAAUUAAAAAGCUUUGAAAAAGCUGUAGAAGCUUGGUCCUUAAAGAGUCAUCAACAAAUAGAACAAGCUAAAGUGUACAAAGAAAAGGGAACAAAUUAUUUCAAAAUAAAUAAAUAUAACUUAGCAAUUAAGAUGUAUAAGAAAGUUACUUCAUUUUUGAAAUAUGAAGAUGGCUUUGAAGGAGAUCUUAAAACGGAAAGAAAUAAUCUUAUUUUAUCGGCGCAUUUAAAUUUGGCUUUAUCUUACUUAAAAAUAGAGCAAAAUGUUGAAGCAAAAGACGCAUGUAAUGAAGCUUUGAAAUUAAGUCCACAAAAUGUGAAAGCUUUAUUCAGGAGAGGACAAGCAUACCUCGCAUUAGCAUCACCUGAAAUUGCGAUUAAAGACUUCCAAGAAGUUUUGAAGAUAGAACCAAAAAAUACAGCAGCUAUAAAACAAAUUGGAGUUUGCAAUAAUCUUAUCAAAAGGCAAUUAGCAAAAGAGAAAAAGCUGUAUGCAAACAUGUUUGACAAAUUUGCCCAAGAAGAUAAACAGAAGGAAGAGGAGGAGCUGCGAGAUCAACCAGAUGUGAUGUGUGGGGCCUUGGGUGAAUGGGGGCAGGAAGAACGACCUGGAGGUAGAGAUGCAACUGCCUUUGAAAAGGAGAAUCCUAAUAUACUUAUGCUCAAUGCUAAUGGUACUGACGAAUUUCAAAAUAUGUAAAAUAUUAAUUAUUUAUCUGCCCCAUUCCUUACACUGCCCCAGUUUUAACUACCACCAGUAUGAAAUUCUGUUAACUAUUGGUUUCUAAUGUGUUCCAAGUAGUACUAUUUCAGCAGUACCACAUAAAAAUAAUGUCAUUUAGUUUACUAUCUAGUUUAUUAGUAUUCUGUGACAUAUGAUGCAGCCUAGUCAAGAAAUCUCGUAUUUUGCGUAAUUGAAUCAAAAUUUUUAAGAAAUAAAAUUUCUUACUACU